AGCGACCCCGCCUUGAUACGCGCAAUAAAUACCAAACGUGCCGCAAGUCAAGGCGGGCAUUCGCACAACUGCUGACAAGAUAUUGCGCCUGGCAGACUAUUUAGAGCGGUAAGUAACAGUUAAGACUCUUCGCCAACUUUUACAGAAUUGGAGAAUCGCGACGCACAUCGCGCUGUCCCGAAAAGAAACCAAAAAGACCAAAGCAAGGGAGAGAAACCGGGCAACCAGCGACAAGUAUCUAACGUACAUAUUCAAGGUUUUCACCUAGCAAACUUUGUUGCCAUGGGAACUACAAUGAGUUCAAUCAACCUGGCAAGCAAGCCACCCGCGCUGCCACCCGCCAAACAAAACAACAAGGUGCCUAAAGUGAAGAACACUCCGCCGGACUACAAGUUUGAGCACUUCAUGCAGCGCUGUCAGUACAUACAGGACGAGAAGAAGCAAAUCCAGGUGGAAAUACGCAUGGAAGUAUUGGAGUGGCGCAAACGAGCCCGUCAAGGGGAGGUGUCUGUUGAUGACUGUCGAGACAAGAUCCUGGGCUUGUUGAGCAGGUUUCGUGACGUCCAGCAACAGCAAGACAAAUUGAUCGAGAAAGAGAGAUUUCGCCUUGACGCAUUCAGGAACUCUAUCAACGAAGAUACGACAAGCAGAAUCAAAAGCCGACUGAACUUCUUUUGCAAGUUGAACCGUCAGCACGAGGCUUUGCUUGAGCUGGUUCGCCAAGAUGUCCAAGACUGUAAGAACAUCUGCCGACAAUACAACGACACGCAGUCGAACAGCAAGUGCAAAGGUUUUGAGACCUGGAUCAAGUGUCCCGCUAGACCUGCAUAUGAUUACGGCAGUAUUGGUAGCCUCUGAGCACCAAGAGAGGCCUGGGGAGAAGACAAGCCUCCGUGUAAGACGAGAAGAAACGGCGACAAGUUGAAGGUCCCGUGUAAGGCUAGAUGAAAGACUAUUGAGAAGUCUAGAACAGAAAAUAUCGAUCCUAGGCGCGUACACAGGGGGGGGGGUGCCCAGGGUGGGCGCGCGCAUCCCCCUUGGCGGCCAAAAAGUUGUAAUUUCUUAUUACGGAAUCUUCAAAUAGUAUGCUUUUUCCAUAUGAUUCCUAUGACUGCGCACCCCCCAUCAGCCAAUCCUGGGUACGCCCCUGGAUCCAAGGAGAUUUGGUGAAAUGUCCAAGGAGCACUAGUCGGCCCUGUGGUGUGUGUGGUCGAGAAGCACUGUUGACAAGUGUGGAAUAGACGAGAAGGCCUGCCAAUGAUGAUAUACCUCCAUCUGAAGGCAGAACUGCUGACCAAAAAAUGCAACCUUAGACGAAUGCUGAUAUCAUCUUUAGAGAAUAAGGUCAAGAAAAUACCUUUCCAGAGAAAAAUAAUAAACCGUAUAACCAGCUAAGUGCAGAAUUGAUGACUCCCGUUGUUAUGAUGCCCAAAAUUAUGUGCACGGUAACCGCUGAUGACACCCAAAGUGCGAAGUUUAAAUUAAUUAUUAAGUAUUAAUGGAAGGGCAGUAUAGGUAUCAUCUAAGGGGUGUUACCAUGAUAAUAACAGCAGUUCUCCCAUCAAAGAACUGAGAGACUCUGAAUAAUGACGAAUAAGUAAAGGACUGCUGUUUGUAUGAAAAAAUUGCUGUUAUGUCUAGAGCUAUCUAUCUAACAUAUUCUAUUUACCACUGUGUAGACAAAUCAUGUUUGUCACUAGAGCAAUAAUAUUUUUAUAUUACAGUAAAGGUAGCCUACUCUCA